AUGCGCGGAAACUUCCUCAUCGCCGCCCUCGCGGGCGCCGGUGCUGUCACGGCCACAAGCCUUUCCCGCUACCAAAACUCGACCUCCACCGCUAUCGUCGUGGCCCAGCAGGCCAACGACAAGCAGGAGUCCGACGCCGGUGUCUUCCACACCACGGUCAUCGACACCAUCUACAGGACGGCGUUGACGACCAAGGUCGAGACCACCGUCGCCACCCAGACCCAGACUGCCUAUGUCAUCACCACCGGCCUGCCUUGCCUGGCUGGCAGCGGUGGCCCGGGCUCUUCCUCUGGUUCUGCUGGGUCGGGAUCCGGCUCUGGCUACAGCUCUGGGUCUUCCGGCUCUUCCGGUCUUUCCGGUUCUUCUGGAUCUUCCGGUUCUUCCGGUUCCUCUGGAUCUUCUGGAUCUUCUGGAUCUUCUGGAUCCUCUGGAUCUUCUGGAUCUUCCAACUCUGGCUCGAGCUACAACUCUAACUCGGGCUCGGGCUCGGGCUCGGGCUCCUCGGGCUCCUCGGGUUCUGGUUCCUCCAGCUACAGCUCCGGUUCUAGCAACAACUCGGGCUCCAAGUCCAACUCGGGCUCCAGCUCCAACUCGGGCUCCGGCUCCGGCUCCGGCUCCUCUUCGUCGGGCUCCGGCUCUGGUUCGUCCAGCAGUGGCUCUUCGAAGUCCAGCGUUCAGUCUGGAUCCAGCGAUGUCGUUGUUGGCGAAUCUUCCUGGACGACCACCGCGGGCCCUAUCGCUACUCUGCAGCCUGCCACCCCGCCGGGCCAUGACGCUUCCGUUCUUGCCCACUUGGCUCCCAAGGACACUGGCUCGCUGUACUUCAACGAGGGUAGCUCUUCUAGCACCGAUGGUUCGUCCAGCACGGGCAGCACUUCUUCGACCUCUGGUAGCUCUUCUUCGAACUCGGGUAGCAGCUCUUCAGCUUCUGGCAGCAGCUCGUCCAACUCUGGCAGCUCUUCCAGCACUGGUAGCUCUUCCAGCACUGGUAGCUCUUCGAGCAGUGGAAGUUCUUCCAGCACUGGUAGCUCGUACAGCAACGGCACCUACUCCAGCACUGGAUCUUCCAGCACCGACGGUCAGAUCUUCGCUCUUAUGAAGGCCAACUUCACCUACCCCUCGGUUAUUCUUGACGACUCUGCGUAUGUCUCGAGAAUUGUUGUCGUCUCCGGUGGCCUCGAGAUUGACUUCUCGACUGCCGAGUCCUUCCAGUAUGCUCAAAGUGCUUGGGCAAGCACCGAACAAUGGGUUUGUGUCACUUCCAGCGUUGCUGGCGUGAACGCUACCGUUGGCCAACACACUUACUGGUUGGUUACCAGCGAAACUUUCGAUGAGAGCAGCCACAGUGCAACCUUGAACUGCGCCGAAAUCGCCAUUGAGCAGGCGAUCGGUGAUGUCGAGGUCCAGUGGGGAACCAUUGUUUCCUCUGACAGCUCUACCAACGGCACCACUUCCUCCAGCGGCAACUCUACCGUCUCCACCAGUGGAUCUGUCUACUCCAACUCGACUGGCAGCAGCAGCACCUCGUGCGGUGCUGCUCCUGAGGCCACCAUCUCUGGCUUCCCGACUGCGCCCUGCGGAGAUGACUUCGACAAGGUUCUUGACGACAAGCUCGGCUACUACGACUUCGACAGCGACUUCAGCACCAGCAUGCAGGACUUUGCUCCCGGCCUCGGUGACUACUCCGAGAGUGACUAUGACUACGAGGACACUGCCGAAACCUCCCUUCGCCGCCGUUCGUAUGGCAGCCCUGCUGCCCGCGCUAGCGCCAUCGUCCGCAGGGGCUGGAGCAUCAAGUCUCUCAUCAAGAAGAUCGCGCCCAAGGCAAUUUCGCAGGCCAUCGACAAGGUUGACAAGAAGAUCGACGACCUCAAGAACAUGGCUAUCAAGGUUGCCGACAAGUACACCAACGGCGCUGUCUCGGCCGGCAUCAAGUUCAUCAACGACAAGAUCGACAGCUUGACUACGGCCAAGCCCGAGGGCAACUUCAACAUCAACCUCACUCCCAGCGGCACUGUCGACUCCAAGUACUGGGGUAAUCAGUACCAAAUCUACCACGGCGCCGCGAGCGGUGCGUUGACCGGCACCGUUGAUGUGUACUGCGUCGACUGCGGCAUCACCGGUAACGCGCACGUUGCCGGCGAGUUGGGCUUCUCUCUUCUCGGUGGUGGCUUCAACAAGGGCAGUGUGACCAUCGACGGCAGCGUCAAGGCCGGUCUCUACCUGGGUCUCGCGGCCGACGGCACGUACAACAACAAGUUCAAGAAGAACAUCGCCUCCUACGGUGCUCCGGGCUUCUCCAUCCCCAACGUCAUCUCGGUUGGCCCUGUGAUUGCCAUGGAUGCCUCGCUGACGCUCGACAUCAAGGCUCAGGGCCAGAUUCUCGUCGGUGCGGAGGCUUCCAUCACCAACUUCUACGCCAAGCUGGAUAUUGUGAACAAGGACCAGACCACGGUUAAGAACUUCAAGCCUGAGUUCAAGACCAAGUUCACCGCCGCUGGCCAGAUCACGGCUGACGCGCGCGUCGGCCUGCCCCUGACGGUCGGUGUCGGCCUCGAGAUCACCCCGCUCAAGUACCGCAAGCUCAUCUCCAUUACGAACGAGCCCUACGUCGCCGCCAACGCCAAGUACGUGUACGACAGCGUCAACCCCGGCACGUGCAACAACGGUGUCUCGUACGCGCUGACUCUCGGCGACGAGCUGAGCAUGGACUUCUUUGGCCUGUCGCAGGCAACCAUCUGGAAGGCCGACACCCAGGCUUUGGCCUCGGACUGCAUUCUCCUGUCUGGCAGCUCCAGCACCACUGGAUCUUCCACUGGAACUACCACUUCCACUGGCUCCUCUUCCACUGGCUCUUCUUCCACUGGCUCUUCUUCCGCUGACUCGACCUCUACUGGCUCGACCUCUACUGAUGGCUCGUCUACUUCCGGCACGACUUCUACUGAGGGCUCGUCUACUUCCGGCUCGACCUCUACUGAUGGCUCGUCUACUUCUGGCUCGACUUCCACUGAUGGCUCGUCUACUUCCGGCUCGACCUCCACUGAGGGCUCGACCAGCUCUGGCUCCACUUCCACUGAGGGCUCCACUAGCUCCAGCUCCACUACUUCUGAGGGUUCUACCAGCUCCAGCUCUACUUCUUCUGAGGGCUCGACCAGCUCCAGCUCUACUACUACUGAAGGCUCGACGAGCUCUGGAUCUACUUCCACCGAGGGCUCGACUUCUACUGAGGGCUCAACCACUGAGGGCUCUAGCAGCACUGGCUCGACUAGCUCUGAUUCGUCUACCACCGAGGGAUCGACUUCUACUGAGGGCUCAACCACCGAGGGCUCUAGCAGCACUGGCUCGACUAGCACCGGCUCGACUGAAGACUCGACCAGCACUGACUCUACGGGUUCCUCUGGCACUACCGACAGCAGCACGACCACGGGCAGUACGGAGGGUUUUUCGAGCCAGCAGCCCUCGGACAGCACUGAGAGUUCUGGUGACUCGACUACUUCUUCCACCUCGACCGGCUCGGACGAGAGCAGCGUGUCCAAGCGCCAGGCCACCGAUGACACUGUCAGCACCACCUCUGAGGCUUCGACCACGUCGACCACGUCGGAUGCAUCGACCACGUCGACCGAUGAUGACGACAGCAGCGCGCUGUCCAACGACUCCCUCCUCAGCAUCGCGGGCUCCGACUCGACCACGGACACUGACGGCUUCACCUACACGACGCUGACGGACACGACGGGCGCGUGGCACCUGUCGGCCGACGAGGACACGGGCAUCCUCGGCCUCCAGGCGGUUGGUGACGCGGACGCGGGCCUCAACUUCGCGGCCUACUCCAACGUGGUCGUGUCGGACGAUUCGGACCGCGUCUUCAUCUACCACCCGGACGAGAUGGACAAGCUGGGCGCGUCGCGCUUCCGGCUCGCGGGGUCAUCGGAGAUCCCCAAGAGCGCAGACAUCAUCACGCUCAUGCCGGUCGACGACUCGAGCACCACGACCAACGGCGGCAUCGUCGUGGCUGUCGACUCGCAGGGCAACGCGUUCUACAUGGUGGUGUGCAAUGUCGAUGAUGACAGCACCAAGUUCUUCCUCGUCAGCGACCCUGACGCGGGACCUGUGCAGCUCGAGAAGGAGGAGAUGAGGUGGGUGCUUGUUGGUGGUGUGGCUUCGUACUGCUCGCCUAUGGCCUUCACCGUUGGCGGUGGGCUCCAGGCUGUCUAA